UCCCAAGACUGUGAUUUGCAGUGUUUUGUGCCAAUGGUGUCCGUAUUCCAAUCACUAAGAAACAACCUGACUACAGGAGACAUCGUGCUGUCUAGAUUAAGGACACUGUGUCCGAGAUACCGGAAUUACAGACAGUGUAUUGAGCUGACAAUCGACCUCUGUGACUCAAACAUCGUGCGAACACACCGGUUUCUCACGGACACCUUUCAAUACGUGUGUGAUGAGGCUGGGCGAGAUAUCGACACGUAUAACGCAUGCUGGGGCCGAUAUGAAACCAUUGACGCCUUACGAACAUGUGGAUCUGACGCCAUUGUUCAUUUGUCUGUACGAGGCCAAAGAUGCAGAUUCUUUGAAGAUUUUGAAAGCUGUACAUUUUACCGUAUUGGCCAGCUGUGUGGCGAAGAACCAGCUGUUUUGAUGGCCAACUUUCUCAACAGAUCUAACACACAAAACAAGGUGGAUUUUCAGUGUAUCAGACCACCUCCAUACACAGGAGACACGAUAACUCAAAAGCUGCAGAUACGAUGUUAUGACUGCCACAACGCUAUUGGAUCGGCUAGUGUCCACUGUCCCUUGAGUGGAAACAUUUCCGACUGGUGGGCCGCUAAAACGCAGUGCAGUGGACGAUGUUUUGCGAGGUCACCCGGCUGGGUCAGGGAAGUUGUUUAUCGUGGGUGCACGACCGGUUUUUGGUUGCCAAAUCCUCUGCCUCGUUCUGGAUGCUGGGCGUUGAAUGGCAACAGCAGAGACAUCUGGUGUCUGUGCGAGACGGAUCUCUGUAACACCAUGGACAUGAGAGACAUCGUGGAGGACACACGAAUCUGACGUCAC